CGGCUAGCUAACAGUUCUGUUGUGACGUCGACGCUAGAAUCAGAAAACUCUCACCCUGAAGCUCGUGAUAAAGGCUCCCGUACUGGAGCGAGAUAUCCCAGAAGAGCGGAAUAGACUUGCACAACACUAGGUAAACAAGCUGUGGCAAGGUUCACUUCGUCCUUACUUCUCCACCACAGUGAGACACGAGAAUGGUUUGCUGUCGAGCAUCGCUUCCAACCGACGCUGUAGAAAAUAGUCUGUGCAAUCUUUUGUGCAAAGCCUGAGCGUGAGGUCGUUGUCAUCCGAUCCUCCAAGGCAAUAGUUUGUCCGUUCCUCUCACUCUCAGUAUCAUCAUUAUUCUUGCGCCACUACACCAAGUGCUGGUCCGUGUUUCAAGCAGUAGGCCCGUACCGUUGGCGUUGACCACUGAGUUACCAGCUGACGCGACACAAGCAAGUAAAGCGGAGACGGGGCCGGCAUGGCAUUCUCGUCCGGCAGCGGCAGCAGCAGUAGCUGCGCGUGCGAUACCGGCGUCUCAUCCAGCGACUGCACGGACUGGGCUGUGUCGGACGUCGAACAGCCAACCGGCGGCGCUACCACGUCCAUGAUUGGGCGCGAUGCGUCAGUUUCCAGGGCAGCGGCGACAACCAGUAAUGGCGGACCUGUUGUAGCGGACCAGGACGACGAGGAGCAAGAUGAUGGGUACAAGGCCAGCGAAUCCGACAACGAGUCAGACAGCGAAGGCCCGUACACGGACGAAGAAAGCGAAGAAGAGGGAGAGCCGCCCGACCUGAGGCCAUUGAGGGCCGGCUCUCGUCACUUGGCGCACGCUUUUCUGCAGCAGCUGAAGGAAGACGCUCCUCACCUCAAAGAGGAGGCACAAGCCCAAGCGGAGGUGAUAGAGCAAUGCCUCAAGGACAUGUACGGCUUGGAAGACAGCCAGGAUGAGGACGACAGCGCUGAGCAGGCGACAGCCGCGGAGAAAGAUCACCAUGAGUCCACCGCGGCCACCACCGCCGCCGGAGGUGACGGUGAUGAUGACGACGAUGAAGCAGCUGCCGCUGCUGAAACACCGGAUACGAGGCAGGACCUCUCCACGCCGUUCACCCUGCAGGAAGUAUGGAUGGAAAAGCUCCGACAAGCCAAGAUUACUUCAAAUUCAAGUUCCAGGAAUGAUGCACUGAGGCUGAAAGAGAAAGGAAACAGCAUGCUGCUGAAUGGACUAUUUGAGGAUGCAGUGGCAACCUACUCAAAGGCUGAAGCCCUGGAUCCUGCCAACCCAGCCAUAUACUGUAACAGAGCGGCAGCCUACACAAAGCUUGGGCAUCCCUGGCAAGCAGUGUCCGAUUGCGCCAUGGCGCUAACCCUGGAUCCCCGGUACACAACUGCAAUUGCUCGUCUUGGGUGUGCCUAUGGUCGACUGUGCCAUAUUGAGCUUGCGCAGCGUUGCUUUGAACUGGCAGCUGAGCUCGAUCCAGAGGAGGCGUCCCACAAGGAGAACUUGGAGAGUAUCCGCAAGGACCAGGAGGAUGCUGAAAACAAUGAGAAGGAUCCGUCACUACUGGCGAAAGCAUUCGGUGAGUUUCAGUCACCUUGUCUGGAAUAAUGUCCAUUGCAAAGUCUGAAUUAAGUGAGGAGCACACGCCGUCUGAAGGAGCAAAGUUGGCCAUGGAGCUUUUAGCGUCCGUUUCAUCCGGUGUCCAGACGAGCGGGGGUGAUAAGCCCUGACUGUACAUGUACCGAACGUAGCACACUGAGCUACGCUGCAUGGUUCAUGCGCAUGAUGAUGUCGAACUCGACAUCACAGAUGCAUCCCGCACACAUGACAUCACAGAUGCAUCCCACACACAUUUCCCUUAUAUCGAUGCCAUAAAAUAUGCAAACUGCUGAUAUCAUGGACGCCAAGCAAACCUGUUUAUACCAUGAGCGCCCGUAAUUCCAUGAUGAUGUUGGACUGGACAUCACAGAUGCAUCAUCCCGCACACAUUUCCCUUUCAUCGAUGCCAUAAAAUAUGCAACCUGCAGAUAUCAUGGACGCCAAACAAGCCUGUUAAUACCAUGGACGCCUGUAAUUGUGCAUCACCAUGCAUUGUCUGCUAUCAGAGAUAUUGCUUUUUUGAAGCUUUUUUCAUACUAGUACACUGGCACUGAAGCCUGGUACAGAUCCAGCAGAGCCACCGACAUACGGUAUUGCCAAUAUGCAGUCUGCGCUGUUCGCAUUUCUAGCAACGCUGCUGCUGCAUGGCAGGUUGUAUGAUAAAGCAUGCUACUGGUGGGCAUGCCAUACUAACUUCUGCCAGGCCGCAAUCAUGAUAGUUGUAGUUCCGCAGUGCUGUACUUCAAAGCAGCACAGUAAUUAGCAUGCAUAGAUCUAAUGUGUAGAGGUUAUGCCGUCAGUUGAGAUGCUUUGGUGACGUCGCAGCGCAGUGAUGCACCAGCCGACUCGCACUGGAUACAAAGCCCCCAUAAGCGGUUCCGCCGACUCGCAAAAAAAUCAAUCCCCCUUAUCCACGUAUGCUACACUCUUUCUCAUCACUAUCCUCGUUUGAUCAAAAGCACAAAGUCAUUAAUUAAUUGUGGAGUUUAUCCAGGUAUAUGGCACAUUAUGAAGGAGAUUAUAAUAAUGCAGCAGAUGAAUGGCAUUGUUAUACCCUCAUGUCAUCCGAUACUGGCAAUGUGUGACUUUCUGA